UCUCCUCUCAUUUUCCCCCACAAACACCGUAGAGUCCUAAGCUUAUCCCGAGUAACCUUUUUGUUUGUUGUUGUCAACUCCAAGGCUCCCCCAGUAUUUGGCAUCUUAGUGUCAGCCUUUCUCAGCUCUCAAAUACACUCCCCCAGUUUCCGUACUGUGGUUGUUCCAGUGUUUUAUUCCAUCCAAAUCACUAGUGUUCCAUAG